CGCCGCCACCAUCCGCCGUCGUCCUCCACGCCUCUCUUUCCCGCCGGCUGGCGCACUUUUCUUCCCAGGCGUCUCCUCCAUCCGACGUCCUACUCCGGUGGCGCUGCUGCUUCUCCUCCACCCCCCUCCCCCGCCGUCGUUGCUCCUCUGCUGCUCCACCUCCGCAGGCCAAAACACUGAGAAGUCUCCCUGACGCAGCGAUGCCCUAGCUCCCCGACUCUGACACCAUUUCUCCGGUCAGCCACCACGACCUGACGCAAGAGCUGCCGGCACCCUGUGCGCUUUCUGCCGGCCCGCUCCAUCCUGCAAAGCAGCCGUGCGUCCCGCGGCUGCAGCGUCGCCUGCGCGGCACCUCGUUUCCUGCUGGUGGUCAACACCCGAGAGAAUAGGAGGCUGGGAGCAUUGUAGCAAUCAACUCGCGGCCUGUGGAAGGUCUUCUUGUCAGUUGGCAGCACUCUGUUUGGUGCCAAUGAGCAAGAAGAAGAACAAACCUGAGAAGUCAAUCAAGUUGCUGAAAGAUGCUGAACAAGCAGUAACUUCAGAUUACAUCAUAGGAGAUUGUCUUGAUGAACUAUUGUCGAAACUUAUCAGGAGUGUAGAGGUUGCCCAGGAUUCAAGGGGAGGUUUGCCAGAAAAGAUAUGGAUGAAGCAACAAUUUUCCGUUGGGGUCAACGACGUGACAAGGGUUCUUGAGCGAAUGCCUGUGGCCGCUGCUUCUCAUUCUUGCUGUUCCAGUAAAGCACCGGCCAGCACAGCUAGGCGGAGAGCUCCUUUGGUGCCAUUUCAGGCCGUCAUUAUAGCCGCUGAUUGCAAUCCCAAAUGGCUAACAAAGCACAUUCCAACCCUGGCAAGCACAAGGCAAGUCCCCGUCCUGUGCCUGAAGGACAACAAAGGAAGCUCACUUAGGUUAGGUCAAGUGGUGAAUGUCGGAACAGCGCUGGCCAUCGGGAUAAAGGCCAGAGACAGCAUAAUCAAUAAGGCUAUCGAUGAAAUACUGAAGGAUUAUAAGCCAGUGGCUGAUGAACAGUAAAUUAGUCCCCAUUCCCAGUCCAGUAGCAUGAUGAGCUAGAUCUUAAUCUCUGUGUGCUGAACAUUACAAGAACAUCUCGAAGGGGGGAGGUUUCCUUUUUUUGCGGGGACACGAUAGAGGUUUCCGAAGGUGAUCAAGUGUGUUGUCGGAUCGUAGCAUAUCAGUCUAAUCUCUGACUUCUGGGUAUCAUUUUUCUUUUGCUGGAAAACUCAUGGAGAAUAGGCAUGUGGUCUGUGGCUGGUCUGUCAGGUUGGUGCAAUUCGGUUGAGAAGAUGAUGUUUUGCCUGGAACAUCGUUUUCUAUAUCGCUGCACUCUGCCACAAUGCUGGGGUCGUUGAAGCUGGGUUUUUCUUA